AUGGCAGCAUCGGCAAUCGAAAAGCAACCAUCAGGCCUUAUCACGUUGCUAACAGAGGAUGGAAGCGAAUUGCUUGUCGACAAGGAGCUCCUCUGUUCCAGUUCCAAGUUCUUUGCCGGCAUGCUGACAACCUGCGACACGACACGUUUGCAUGUGGAGGAGAAUAGAGAGGUGAUGGAGUCGGUGCUGACCGUCAUGCGCGGCUCUCCGCCUGCGAAUACUUUUGACACCCGCUCCACAGCCUGCUGGGCCAUCUUUAAAAAGAUUCUGGUUGUAGCUGACAAGUACGACAUGAGCCUUGUGAAGGAGCGUUGCGAGAAGUGGCUGGUUUCUAGGUGUCUUCGAGGUCGCAUGCGGUCGCAAUCGUUCAAGUUCCAGGACGUGGGCGAGGGCUUUGAGUGGCUAGCCAUCUGCCAGAAAUUCGAUCUGAAAGACCUAGGCUGGUACUGCGCCUACGACCUGGGCACACAAUUGGCCCAGGGUGCUUGGUCGCGUCCGCUUCACGAGUGCCUGGAGGGCGUGACGUGUGCGGAUAUGCUUAAAACGAUCCUGGAAGCCGUACAGGCUGCUGUACUCUGUAGCGGGCCGCUGGGAGGUGUCAGCUCCGGUGCUACGAUGGGUGCCGAUCCGGGCAUGCCUGGCCUCGGACCGGAAUAG